AUGCAAAAAGCUCGAAAAAAUAUCCCAGAAAAUAUAUAUGAUAUCCUUCAAAAAGUAGACAGGUCGAAUUCAGAAGUAGAACAACUAUUGGAGUAUAUGCAAACUCUAGAGGAUUUAGCAAGUUAUACGGCUGAUUUAUCUAAGCGUGCUCUCCAUCAGCUUGCCCUUAAUUUUUAUUUAGAAGAGUACACUCCAGGCCAAGAAAUUUUUCAUAAAGGCGCGAAAAGUGAUAAACUGUACAUAAUUCUGAGAGGACACCUGAAUAUGAUAGAUAUCACGUCUGAUGGAUCUGAGAAAUUAAUAGCGACUCUUCCUAAAGGGAAGAUGAUAGGAGAAAGAGGACUAAUAAGAGACCAGCCUAGACAGCUGUCAGCUGUGGCUAAAGGAUAUGUGAUAUUGCUUGCAUUGAAUGGUGACAAAUUUAAAUCGCUUAUGAUGAUGAACGUAUCAGCUGAGUUAAAUGAUAAAGUGGAUUUUUUAAAUAUAUAGGACAAUGGAUAAUUAUUGAUAUUAUUAUAAAUACAUAGCAACGAUGCUGUAUUCUUCUAGCUUUGAUAUGCUAAUUGAAUGCUAAGUAGCACUCUUUAUUAGUAUAUGAGAAAAAUUUAAUGCGAUUUAUAAAGAAAAAUAAGCUUAAGAAAAAUUUUUGGGCUUGGCAAGAUAUCCUCGUCCACAAAAAACUAAAUAAUUUCCAUCUUCUCAGCAUAGUAUAUAUAUAUCCCUGAUUUCAAACUUUAUUCAAAUAGCAUAAGAGAAAAAAUUGCUUAUGCCUUUGAGCUAACCGAAUAUCAUAAAAAAGACUUAAUAGUCGAAGAAGGAUCCUUCAGCGAAACUUUAUUCUAUAUUAUAGAUGGAGAAUGUGUACUAAGCAAAGGAGUCCCUCCCAAAAGAAGAAAUAUCAUGACUGUAGGUAGAGGCUGCAGCAUUGCAGACGAAUGUGUGCUGCUAGGGAAAAGAGCUGAAUUCACCGUUUCUGUAUGAACUGAGUCUGCGAAAUUUUAUAAAGCCAAAAGGGCUGAUAUUUUGCCUUUAAUUCCUGAAGAGGUUAUGUUUAAACUUGUAGGACUGAGCAAAACAAAAUUUAUUAGUAGAAAUAAUGUGAAUGAUAGAGCUAGGCUGCAGACAAAAUCGAGGUCAGGGAAAAGAGCACAGGUUUUUCCACUAGCAAGCCAAAGAGCACAGAAAUUGAUAACACAAACUUUAAGCAGAAAUUCUAGCAUCCAUAUGAUAACUCCGAUUAAUGAUAGCCCGAAAAAUUUUUAUAAAAAUACUUUGGAAAAGUUAAGAGAUAUCACAAUUGAAAGAUUUUAUAAAUUUAAUUUCAAAUCAAGCAAUACUAUUGCAGAACACCAUACAAUCCGUGGCCGAUUUUCACAUAGAAAUUCUUUAUAA